AUGUCAUAUCCUCAGUUUGGCUACCCUUACUCCUCUGCACCCCAGACGGCGGCGGAGGAGUGCGGCCUCGACGUGCUCGGCGCCCGGCAGCGCGGCUGCGAGUCCAAAAUGUGCUUCCAGCAGCAGGGCCAGCAGCUGCUGGAGGCCAAGCCCAGGAUCUGGUCCUUGGCGCACACCGCCACGUCCCUCAACCAGGCCGAGUACCCCUCCUGCAUGCUGAAGCGGCCGGGGGGCUCAGCCGCCACCGCCGCCUCCGCCCCGGUCGGGGUCAUCGACAGGCACCAGGAUUCGCCGGUCACCAGCCUGAGGAACUGGGUGGACGGGGUGUUUCACGACCCCCUGUUCAGGCACAGUACUUUGAACCAAGCCCUGAGCAACACGACAGUUUCCUGGGCUACCACCAAAGGAGCCAUUCUGGAAACGGGCGCUUUGGGACGCGCGGUGGGGAACGGCGCCAACGUGCUCAAGGGGCAGCUCUCAAACUUGGCCCACCAGGACUCGAACAAAGAGUUUCUGGCGUUUCCCAAAUCAGGAAGCAAAAUGUUUUGUUCCUAA